GCCUGGCUGGCCGCUCGGCGCCUUCAGACAAAGCUCAGCUAACAGGCUAACGGCUGAUUAGCUAGCCAAACACCGAGCGCUAACAUCUGCACAGAAUGGACUUGAACCCGCGUUAAUGUGCUCCCUUCUGGGGUCAUUAGAGAAUAAAAGUGACCAGAUGAACUCCAGCAUAUAAUCUGAUAUCACACAAACCGAGAUAAACCAGAUUAAUUACACUUUCCGUGCUCGGUCGUGCGAUGGGAGUUUGUCUCCUCGGGGGAAACAUCGAGCUGCAGGAUCAACACCAUCAACGCCUGAACUGAACACACACUAACACACACCUGUGUGCCCUCACACACACACACACACACCCACACCCACACACACACACCCUCAGACCACGGGGGAGUUGUUUUUUUCAUCGUCAGGUUAGACACUGCUGUCCCACGGUGCAUUGCUGCGUCACCGUCGUCCACCAUGUCGGACGCCCCCGAGGCUGCACCCCCCAGCCCCCCUCUCACCAACCCUAUCCCUCCUGAGGUCACGAAUCCAACCAAGCCUGGGAGGAAGACCAACCAGCUGCAGUACAUGCAGAACGUGGUGGUGAAGACUCUGUGGAAGCAUCAGUUCGCCUGGCCUUUCUACCAGCCUGUCGAUGCCAUCAAACUCUGCUUGGCGGACUACCACAAGGUCAUCAAGAACCCGAUGGACAUGGGAACGAUCAAGAAACGUCUAGAGAACAAUUAUUACUGGAGCGCCAGCGAGGCCAUGCAGGACUUCAACACCAUGUUCACCAACUGUUAUAUCUACAACAAGCCCACAGAUGACAUCGUCCUGAUGGCGCAGGCUCUGGAGAAGAUCUUCCUGCAGAAAGUCGCUCAGAUGCCUCAAGAAGAAGUCGCUCUGCUGCCUCCGGCUCCCAAAGGAAAGAACAAGAGCAAACAGCCCGCUGCGGCCACCACAGUGAGUCAGCAGGCGGAGUCUUCAGCCUCCUCUCCCCCCUCCUACCCGUCCCCGUCUCCCUCUCAAACACCCGUCAUCUCGACCACACCCACACCUGUGCAGACCACGCCCCCUGUCUCUGCUCCAGCGCCGCCGACAGCCAUGAUGCCGUCUGCACAACCUGUUGUCAAGAAGAAAGGUGUGAAGAGGAAAGCCGACACCACUACUCCCACCACGUCAGCCAUCUCUGCGGGCCGCGCAGACUCCCCGUCCGCUCAGGACAACAAACCCGCCAAGCUCGGCUCGUCGCGGCGCGAGGCCGCCGCCCGGCCCGCAAAGACCCGCAGGGAGACGGUGGAGGAGGUCGCGGUGGGCGAGGUGGUUGCCGGCGGAGGGGCCGUCGGGGGGAGGAAGAGCAGUAAGCUAGGUGAGCAGAUGAAGCACUGCGACGCCAUCCUGAAGGAGAUGCUCUCUAAGAAACACGCGGCCUACGCCUGGCCGUUCUACAAGCCGGUGGACGCCGAGGCUUUGGAGCUGCACGACUACCACGACAUCAUCAAACACCCCAUGGACCUCAGCACUGUCCGGAAAAAGAUGGACAAAGCCGAGUACAGCGACCCACAAAGCUUUGCGACUGACGUCAGGUUAAUGUUCUCCAACUGUUACAAGUACAACCCUCCGGACCACGAGGUGGUGGCCAUGGCCCGCAAGCUACAGGAUGUGUUCGAGAUGCGUUUUGCCAAAAUCCCAGAUGAGGGCUUAGAGGCGUCAGUCCCAUCCACGACUCCACUGGUCAGUAAAAGCACCGCCUCCUCCGACAGCAGCAACAACUCCUCCUCCGACGAAUCUUCUGACUCAGAGGAGGAGCGAGCCACACGAUUGGCUGAGCUACAGGAGCAGGUUGGUGCUGCCGACCAAUCACAGUUGAAGGCAGUGCACGAGCAGCUGGCCGUCCUGUCCCAGGCUCCCGUCAGCAAGCCAAAGAAGAAGAAAGAGAAGAAAGACAAGGAGAAGAAGAAAGAGAAGGACAAAGACAAAGGGAACAAAGGCAAACUGGAGGAAGAGAAGAAGCCCAAGGCGGCCACUCAGCAGCCCAAACCAGCCAAUCAGAAGAAAGCACCUGCAAGGAAAGCCAACAGCACGGUGACCGCCACGAGGCAACCCAAGAAAGGCAGUAAAGCCUCGGGCGGCGGCUCGGCCAACGGGGAAGACGGCGAAGAGUCGUCCCUGCCGAUGACGUACGACGAGAAACGCCAGCUGAGUCUGGAUAUCAACCGGCUGCCGGGGGAGAAGCUGGGCCGCGUAGUCCACAUCAUCCAAUCGAGAGAGCCGUCACUGAGGGACUCCAACCCCGACGAGAUCGAGAUUGACUUUGAAACCCUAAAACCCUCCACACUCAGAGAGCUAGAACGUUACGUCAAAUCCUGCCUGCAGAAGAAGCAGAGGAAGCUACUGCAGAAAGCAGCGGGAGGCGGGGCCUCUGGGGGCGGGGCUAGCCGUUUGAGUGGCAGCUCCUCUUCCUCCUCCGAUGACAGCUCCUCAACAGGAACCUCCUCUUCCUCCGAUACGGACUGAACACGCACACACACAUGCAGACACAUCAUACACACACAUCAUACACACAAACACACACACACACACACAUGUUACUGAACAUACACAGAGGUUUAUCCACUCUACACACACACACAUACACACACACUCAUCUACGCAGUUAACACACGCAGUCAGAGACUAACACACACAUCAUGUAAACUUCCAUCCUGAACAAACACACAAGAGCAAAAGACAGAGAUACACACUCUGAACUUCUGAUAACACACCCCCACACAUGUACACACACACAUCUAUAUAUAAACACACACACACACACAAACAAACACACACAUACACACACAUGCCCAGACUUGGAGACUGUAUGUAAAUAGGCUGACCUGUUUUUUAGCUCCUAGUGUUGUUUUUAUUUUUUAUUUUUGGAGGAAUGCAAAACGAUAGAAGAGAAGAAGAAGAAAGUGACAGUUUACCCUGGAAGAGAAGAAGAAGAGGAGGAGGAAGAGGAGGAGGAGGAUGGAGACGUGUGGAUCUUCUCUGAACACUCAAAGCGUCGCGAUCAGGAACGCUUUCUUCUUCUCCUUUUUUUUUCCCCCUCGGAUGGCCGGCUGUGACCCCUGACCUCUAAAAACAUUCCAGAAGCAUCUACACAGCAUCAUCAUCAUCGGGAGGAGGAGGAGGAGGAGAUGAUCUCAGUGGGUUUUACUCUGAGCUCCGAUCGGUUCGAGUUGGAGAGCGUCGUCAGGAGGUUCGGAGUAUCAUGUGACGCCUUCAGAGGAGCUGAUCCGGCAAGCGACACGAUCAGUUCUCAUCGCAAUGUGGACUUUAAAUCAUCCAGUUAGAAUCAUGAGGGGAAAACAUCCGGGCGUCACAAUGAAUAAAUGUCUGUAUGAACAUCAAACCUCCCUGAAAUCAGUGCUGCGGGGCUGAAACUUGCUGCAGAGAGACGCAGAGUUUGUAAACAUCCACUCUCCUGAAUCCAAAGUCCGAUAUCGGCAACAGCUGAGCGUAUUAUCAGUCGACUCUGGUGCUGCAGCGUUCUACCCUAAACCACAAAGUCUGUCUCCUGCUGGAUGCAGUGAAACACUCACCAGAGGAAGUCAGUGUCCGGUUCUGAUCCAGAGCUAGCAGGUCUUUGGGCUUUGCACCAGUCCUCGCGAUGAUGCAUGACAUCAGCAUCAGCAGUUAGAACAGUUUCACCUCAGCUGUGCAGAAGUGUUUCAAAGAGUCGUAAACACACGAGGAAGACGCUACUAGCUUAACGGCGCAUUUAAAGAAGCGUUGCCCUAAACGGCACCGAAAGAAAACCUUCGUGGUCGAUGUUUGAUUCGGAUUUAGUCCGUCUUCGUGGUCUCGGGUGAAUCCUGCAGGAAGUAGAAGGUGUGUAAAGAUGUGACAGCGUUUGGUUUGAAGAUCUGAGGGUCGUUUUUGUUGUUUUGUUGAACUGAUGCAAAUAAACAGAUUAUUAUCCUCGCUGCGAUGAAGAGCAGGCGAUUAUUUGAACACAUUUUAAGUAGUUAUUUAAAAAGCUGAUUUAAUUUGUGUCUCAAACAUGCAUCAAGUUAUUUUCUCAAACGCUCCCCGGGAUGCGACGGCUUCACGUUCGUCUCUGCAGCAAGUUUCACGCCCGGCGCGUUUUUUUUUUUUAAAGAGUUAAAAGUUUGAACAAACGCUGGAGAAUAACCCUCUGAGACCGACCCUGUCCUCUGCUGGUCCCACCACAUAAACCCCACAACCUACUGUCUGUCUUUGGGGUCAGAGUGAGGGGGGGCGGGGGCAAGGGGCGAGAACCCCGACUCCCCCCAGCGCCGCCAGUCGUCAGCUGCGAGCGAGACAAACUUUGUUUAUUUUUUUAACACUACAUUUCCUUUGUUUUCAGUUUUUUUUUUUUUCAGGUUGUGUGCUGAACUUGUGUCUUAUAAGGUUCUCUAUAUAAAGAUGUCUUUGUACCGCUGUCCUGCUCCAGCCACCCCAAAACCCCUCUACACACACACACACACACAUCCCGCCAAAAUAAAACAAAACCACUCAUUCUGUGCAGCCCCCCCACCCCCCACCCCCCCACCGCUCCUCCUCGCUCUCACUGAGGACGGACAGACGGAUCACUUCUGGGUCGAUGUUUUGAAAUGUCUUUUAUUUUGAAAGAGCAUUAUUGGAGAGAGAGAAAGAGGGUCAAACUUUAAUAACAGAAGAAGAAGAAGCUGUUAAAAAAAAAAAAGAAGAUGAAUCCAGCUCAGAGAGAAGCAGCCGUUUUAUUUUUAUAACAAUUAUUUAAUCUUUAAAAUGUCCAAAAUGAAGACGAGCUCUCACGACGAGGACGCAGAGAUCGCAUCAGACGACGGAAAAAAUCAACGUGUAAAUAUUUCUCAACAAAAAGCUGCAACAAGGAACUUUUUAAACACCAGAUUUUAACGUUUAAGGGAACUUUAUUUUUAAGGAUUUAAGUGUAAUUUGCUGUUUCCCGGUUUACGGAUACAUCUGGUUAAUUUUAAUCUUUUUUAAACGAGCGGCGUCACCGGAUUACGAUGGUUCAUGAACAGAGCGAUGAACUGAGCUGAUUGGCUCUGACGUUUAACCCCCUGAAACAUUUUGUAUCUUUCUGAUGGCGUGAGAAACGCAGAACACGCUGACAUCAGCGAUCCUCUGUUUGCGUUGAAGCUGGAGUCAGACGCCGAGACGCGUUUAAGUCGCUCCUAUCGAGAUCACUCGACGGUCGUCUUAAGUUCCCUCUUGCAGAAAGUUCCCACGUUUCGAACGCCUCGCACUCAAACAUGGCGGCUGUUGGGGAGUUUCUUCUCUUCUGUUUUGCCGCCGAUCACAUCCAACCAAUCAGAUUGAAUCAUGACUUCUCUCCACCACACACCUGUCCACCUGUCUGCCUCUCUGUCCGUCUGUCCCCUGCUCUCUGACUCACAGCAUGCUUCUUCUGCUUAGUGUUUCUGUUCUUUGACCUUUGACCUCAUGUGCGGUAACAAGUUCAACCCUCUGGAUUUAAAGACGCAGGCGUGGGAUUCUUGUGUUUUGGGGUUUUAAAGGAGGAGAUUAUUUCGCCCUGCCUCUCAGGAUUAUCCGACCCUCACCUGUGUGGAGAUUAUCGGGGUUUCAGAUGCUGCAUGGUCUCAUUUCGGGUUCUCAGACUGAAUCUUGUUUUUUCCUCCAAACGUCGCGGACUCACGUCAGACGUUAGCGGCGGUUUGUGGAAACCUUAUUUUGGACAUUUCAAAGACAAACUGCGUCUGUGAUGAAUAAAGAACAAACAUUUCCUCCAGGCGUGACUGACGGAGAGAGAGAGACGGACAGACAGGCGGACAGCUCGUUGCCACAGUAUCCCUCCUCUGUUUGUUUUUUAGUUGAUGGUCGAGCUUUGAUGCUAAUAGUUAAUUUUUGUAUUUUAAUAAGAAAAAGGAAAAAAGUGAUUUUAUGUAUUUGCAUGCACUCCGGCCGUACGUUCUUUCUUCCGUAUGUUUGAGCACUGUAUAGUAGCUGUAUAGUAGCUGUCUGAGGUUUAGAUCGAAGCUCCGCUCGAUAGAGUAGAGACGCAAAGAGAGAGAGAAGAGAGAAAGAAAGAGAGAGAGAGAGAGAGAGAGGACGAACCGACGAAAAACCAACAAGUGAAUUAUUUGAUGUAAUUACUGAUAUGGGAUCCUUAUUUUCUGAGUUCCUUUGUUUUCAUAAAUAAACACAUAAACUGAAA